ACCCCAGGAGCCAGGCCCAGGGGCACGGGGGGCGGGGCGAGCAGGCGAGACGCACUUCUCAUUGGCGGCCGGGCACCGCCCGCGCGCGCGCUCCGCCUUUAUAAAGCCGCGCGCGUGGCCAGCCAACCACACGCCUGAUUCCCGGCGCCCUACCCUCCGCAGCUCACCUGUCACGCCUGUCAGCUCGGACCCACCAUGGCCACCGUUCAGCAGCUGGUUGGAAGAUGGCGUUUAGUGGAGAGCAAAGGCUUUGACGAAUACAUGAAGGAAGUAGGUGGCGCGCAGGGUCCCCUCCCUCUUCUACACCCGGACUCGGUUUCCAGCCGAAAUCCGGGCUACCGCUUCAGCUUCCAUUCAGCUCUCGGUUGCAUCUCCACCACCCCCAGAGCCCCGGCCCGCCUUCGCCGCCGUUGUGUUGAUUUCUGCCACACAGCAAGGGGAACCAGCCAUGAUUAUGCAUGUAUCCUCUCCCUUCCAAGCCUCCCUCCCUUCCCCCCACCCCAUUCCUCCAGGUCAUCGCAGAGCACCUGACUGGGCUCCCAGUUCUACACAACAACUUCUCGCCAGUUACCCAUCUUACAGCUGAUAGUGUGUGUGUGUUGAUGCUACCUUCUGCAUUCCUCCCGCUCUCUCCUCCCUCACUGUGUCAAUAAGUCCAUUCUCUAUAUCUGCAGUUCUAUUCCUUCCCUGCAGAUAGGUUCAUCAGUAUCAUUUUUCUAGAUUCCAUAUAUAUGCCUUAAUACCUAGCAACUCCUCUACUGGGUGUAUGCCCUGAGAAAACCAAAAUUGUAAAAGACACAUGUACCCCAAUGUUCAUACCAUCACUCUUUAGGAUAGUUCUAGUGACGUAGAUGACCUAGAUGAACCUAGAGCCUGUUCUACAGAGUGAGGCACUUCUUAAAAGCCUUCCAAGGGAGGAUUUGUCUCUGUAGGGAAAUUCAAGUUCUCUUGCUCAAAAUGGUGUUGGAUUUUCUGUUGUCUUUUUCAUAAGCCGGUGAUAACGAUAAAGAGUGCUGAUUUCGACAUUGGGUAGAUUGGCAAAGAUGAACCUUUGUCACAGGCCCCAAGGAAGUGAAGCAUAGCAAAAAUGCUCUCUGACACAACUGCUGGGGCUGUAGGGUUGUUUUAGAAGCUAGCCUCCUGCAGAUAGUAACUUUCUGUUACCAAAUGUUAAGUGAGUGAAGAAGUCAUUACAAAGACCUAGACCCCGAAGUACCCUGAAGUACUUCAAAAACACAUCUAGCCGAUGGCUGGUUAAGUCUGGCUCUGGUGAAUCUUAAGUGUGUUUAUGAUCCUGUGAAUAAAACAAGGCAGUAUUUUUUUUUCCCCCUCCCCUCUAUACCUUGAUCAAAGUGACUCUGGACAAAAAGCAACUAACUGCACUCACAAAGGAGAAAUACAUAUGUGUGUGUUCACCUGAGUGAGAACCACAGUAGGCGGUCUCUCUGCCCAUUGAAACCAAACAUGUUUAUCAGAUGGCUUGUUUCCAGAGUUCUGGAGUCAGGAAGGUUGUCAAGGUACAGUUCAUUAGAGAGCAAUCAAGGUGUGGAAAGAGCAGAGCCCUUUCUUUAUUUGUCCAAAGUGAGAAAAUAAUGACUCAACUAAUGAAACAAAGCACCAGUGCCUAGCUGGUGAAAGAGAAAGCUCCGUGGGGACAUGUCAAGCCGGGCUGACAUCAUCAAGUCGGUUACUCUGCUUAGGCUAUAGUCACCUCAUCCAUGAAACUGAGAUUUGGCCUAGAACCAAGUUUCCUACUAAAUGUUAAUAUUAGGGGGAAUUACACAGAUUAUAAAAUAAAUGUAUUAAUAGAGUAAUCUGAGUUACAGAGUUCUGAAAUACUCUUUUUGAGGGUAAGAUUUUUCCUGUUUGUUAGCAUCAUGUUUGUGCGGUUAACUCUUAAACUGCAAUUUGAAUAUCAGGAUUGAUACUGAUUUUGUGUAGUCUACUAAUCAAAUAUUUAUCAGUGACUUGUGUGCUAGACUGUGUGCUCAACUGCUGUGUCAUAUAAUACAGUGGUUGGCAUAACUGAGGAAAUUAGAGAAGUCAGGAUAUCUUCCUUAAGUUUCUGAGGGCCAAGAUGGCACGGUGUCUUAAAGCUGAGAUUUAGAGCCAGGCUGCCUGCGUUGUUGGUUCUCAGCACCUCCCUGCUUAGCUGGAUGAGCUUGAGUAAGUUACAUCAAAGCCUCACUUACUCAUCUGUCAGAUGGAGACUAUCUACCUCUCACAAGGUCCUUGCCAGGCUUCCAUGAAUAGUGUAGUAUACUGUCAAGUACUAGCACUUGGUAAGUGCUGGAUAUGUGUAUGUUCACAGUUGUUAUUGAUGACUGCUGCUGUUAAGUCGCUUCAGUCAUGUCCGACUCUGUGCGACCCCAUAGACAGCGGCCCACCAGGCUCCCCGGUCCCUGGGAUUCUCCAGGCAAGAGUACUGGAGUGGGUUGCCAUUGCCUUCCCUUCCCCAUUGAUGACUGAAUAGUUGAAAAUAUGCACAGCAUGGUGAUUGCAAUUGAAUUACUGCUUUUAUUAUGUAAACAAGAAAUUUGGUUUUCCAGGUAUCUAACAUGGUGUAACUUUCUACAGGAGUGGGGAUGGCUCUGCGAAAAGUGGGUGCGAUGGCCAAACCAGACUGUAUCAUCACUUCUGAUGGCAAAAACCUCAGCAUAAAGACUGAGAGCACUUUG